UGACGAGCAGACGUUAUAACACAAACCACGCUUAACUGGUGGAGAGUAGAAUUGAACACCUGUUGUUUAGCUUGUUCGUGUGGACAAAAGAGAACGUCGUUUGGAUGAAUUCAUCUCAGCUUCGAAUGCCAAACCUUCAUCAUCGGUCGAAAUAGUUGAAGUGACAGGAAGUAAAGAAGAAGACAGUGUUCAAAGUGAAACGAUGAAUGGCAAGCCGCGAAGGGUGUUUCAAUUUGAGUCACUUAAUAAUCUGCGAAGGGAAAUUUGCGGUGGCGCCUCACAACCGCUCAGGUGGGAUCGGUUUUUUCUGUGA